UAUAAACAAACGGAAAACCGGCCUAUUGGACACUCGCACUGCUGACCGCUUAAAUCCGCGUCUGACACCAAAGCGAGUCCAUAUCAAACCGGUGGGCAGAGACACAGCUGAAAACGUUGUCCUCAGUUUGCCAUGAAAACACGAGCAAUCGCUCACCAAAAUGGAUGUCCUGAAAGAUUUAGAAACCAAAACGGAACAGGAGCUACAUAAUAUAACUUUAACGACGUACCAGGUGAGUUGAAACUCUAGAAUUCAACCCUGUGUCAGUUGUUGCAUAGAUGACAGUGUGCAUUUCUCUCGUUUCUAGAAUAUCAUCGACUUGUGUCCGGUUUUGAAAGAACUCGCUGUUAACGCUAAAAAUUACCUUAAGUCAUUGCACAGUAAGUGUAUUAACUACUUUGAGGUAUAAAGUUGCUGUUUAUUGUUAUUAUGGGGAGAGCAUUUUGUGAAAGUGAAUGAGAAGCUUGCACCCUCAAUACUGGUAUCUAUUCUUUCAGAUGUCCGGCAAGCGGCGAGUGCCUUUCACGAUUCUCUCGCCAAAAUAUCAGAAAAGGCGCUUUCUUCAGAGGGAACGGCUCACAGCCUUGGUAAGCCAAAAUUUAAAAAAAGAUUGUGCUUGUAGUUUAUAACGCUAAAACGAUUUGUACUUUUAACGUUAUCGCUAUUACAAAGUUAUUUGAUUUGUUUAUUUAUGUACAGCUGAAGCAUCGAUCGACCAGGGGGUGUGUAUAGAAAACCUUGGAAACUCAUAGAAUAUUGCAGAAGUGUUACUGCGGUUUAUCGCUUGGCCAGUCGUGCGAAAACCACGAUCAAGUGCAUAUAUUUUGAACCACUGUAUUUGCAGAGCCAAAUAUAAGAAAACUAUUUUUGGGGAUGAAGUUUAUUAUAUUGUAAGCUCAUUAUAAGGUUAAAGAGCUUUCCUUAUGUAUCAUAUGGUUGGGGCUUUUAGGGCUUCCAAAUAUUUUGAGUAACGCAGUUUUAGCUGACGAUCCGAAUAUCUAUCCGUAGUGAACUUAAAGUUAAAGACAAAGCGAGUCAACUUUAUAGAUUCGGCUGCUAAUUAUGUGUAUAAAAUGCAAAAACAAUUUCAAAGUCCGCCUAAUUAUUCAUUUGUUUCCCCUCAAUCAGCAGUUCUUACAAAGAAAAAGCUUGAGUGGUUGCUUAUCGAUAUUCAUUUUAACACAUUUAACACUUUAUAUACACGUGAAUGGUCGACAUAAUUACUUCAGGGUAGUGGUAUGUGCUCAAGCGGAAAUUUUAAGUUACAGUAGUUUGCAAAAUGUGAUGUGGUCAAAGUCAGAGAAUAUGUUGUAAAGAAUUUUAAAUACCUUAAGAUAUUUAAAUGAAAUUUUGAAUAAUUCCAUUUCUUUAGAGGUCCAGAUAUGGAAGUUUCUUACAUUCAUUUGGUACUCUUGACGGUGUGAAUAUUAAUAGUGUCCAAUGCCUAGUUAAGCGGCAAAUGACCUCAAAUGGUCUUUAGUUACGCAGCAAUGAUUCACCAACAAAUGAACAUCUUUAAUUUUUUAUCCAUUUAAGGAUAUUUGAUAAUUGAAUAAACCGAAGGAAAAAAAUUAAUGUGGAAAAAAUUUCUUGUAGAAUUCCUGCAUCUAGCAUAUUAUUACUCAGGCCAUGCCCAUGAAAGUUUUUUUUAAACUGCCCUCUCAAUUGUACUCAUGGGUAAUUUGUUUGGGGAAAAAUAAUGAAAAGACAAGGUCAUACCUAUUACCAAUGAGCUGAAGGAUCAUGGAAAAUGAAUUUUGCAAGGCUAGUGGCUCUAGAUAUUGCAAUUUAGUUUUUGCGGUAAUGGUCUUCUAUGUUGUGCACUUUCAAGCACGCUGAAGCCUGGCAUCCUCCAAAAUACGUGCAUUUAGCUUAUUGCAACAGCUAUGUGUUGAAAGAAUUUUUGCUCUUUCUCCCCUAAUUAACUAGAGCAGAGGCAGGGAACAUUUUUUGUUAUGUGACAUACAGACUAUAUUUUUAGCACUAAGUUACUUCUCAAUAUUUUUUUUUUCAUGCAAUUUUGCAUGCACAGGGUAGAUUACCUGUCCCUUUUUAGGAUAAGUCAGGCUUUGAUUAGGAGAUUUCAUUGUCCAAGCUAAAAACUACUUGUCUCCUGGGUCAGCAGACAGUUUGAAGUUGGCUUUGGCCACCACUUCAUAAAUUAGCUACUCACACAGGCAACAUUGUUGUCUUGUAUUCCAUUUUUGUGUUUGUAGGGGAUCCAAUCAGGGAUUUAGUAUCUGUCAGGAGGGACAUGGAAGCAAGACAUGUUAAUGUGGUAUGUAUAAUGAGUGAAGUGGUUAAGAAGCUACACUGAAGAGUCAGGGGUACAAUGACAGGGAGAAAUAUGCAAGAUACUGAGACCUUGUUUAAAAUCUAAUAUUUACAACAAACUACCCUGCAAGCAGACUGAGUUUUCUCUCUUGCAUGGCUUUUAGCAUUUAGGAAGUCAUUUGCAUGGUUUUCCUGUCACGUAGUUGGUUUGUUAACGCAACUGACAACCCAGGCUGUGACUUCGUUAGCGCUUAAACCCAUGCAAAAGAGAAACCUCUGCUCGCAGGGUAGCAGGAAAAAGUUCUUGGAAACUGUGAGAAGGAAAGAGACAACCUAUCCACAACUUGACUCUUCACCCUAUGCCUUCGAUAGAUCACUUCAAAAGUAUCUCUAACACAAUAUUUAUGACAGUGCACAUAUCAGUGUGCAAAAGUGAUAAAUAUAAAUAAUAAAUAAUCGAUUUAAGUCUGUGUAUGAGUUCAAGAAUGUUUCAUCAUUUGAAUGGAAGCUAAGGAGUAUAAUAUGUAUGAGACGUAGUCUUUACUGAGGUAAUGUUAUGGCUUGAAAACAGUCCUGUCUAGUCAUCAGGGACAAAAAGAUUUUCUGGUAGGUGUGCAGUAAUUUUUCUUGCUUACAUACAUGAUGGGCAAAGUCAUCUGUUACACUGGCCAUGAACAAGCAAAAUAUGAGUGAACCUUGUCCUUAAAGGACAAGUUGAAUUUCAUGUUUUUUUUUCCAAGCCCCAAUUAGUAUUCUUGAUAAAUUUUUGCACAUAAGCUCAAGAGCAGCACUUCUGUAUUUUUCCUUUUUGUGAUUUGAUUUGAUUUUAAGAAGGAAUAAUUUUACUCAGAUUUUCGUUAAUAAUGGGACAUAUUGUGUGUAACUGGUGAACACUUUGAUUAAAAUAAUCGCUGUUUGUGUUGUACGAGCCAAGUGAGCAAUAAUGUAGUAAGGAUUAUCGAAGAAGAUUAAAUUGUAAUCCAUUGUAAUCUUGUCUUGAACAUGAAUCUUUUAUGAGAUUGUUAUUUAAAUACAUCAAAGGUAUUAUUAAAGCGAUACUCCAAAAUGGGGUUCACGAAGUUGUUGACACAUUAAACAAUGCAAAGUUUAAUUGUUUGUUGAAUGUAUGUUUGUAUUUCUGGGCUGGUCAUAUCCUGUAGAUUACAUUCACAGAAAUUUGUUGUUAUAACCUCUGGGACCACACCAAUACCUCAGAAGAGUAUAUUAAAACAACAAAAAUAAUAAUUGUGUUGGUUUAACAAUACCUCGCCAAAAUGAAAAUUAAUAAUGUUAAACGUUAAACAUUCAGUUGUAAGAUUAUUUCAGCUGCUUAACAUUUAUUUUAUUUAUUGUGUUGGCUGGUGUGUCAUUUUAGUGUAGAAAACUUCGGGACUCUAGUGUACAUGGUUUAUGCUUGUGUGAUGUGUGGAUAUUAGAAGCACAAUUUUUUUGCCACAAUGUUGUAAAGUGGAAGGAGUUCUCAUGACCUUCAUUAUAAUAAUUUCUUCACAUCAGUCAGGAAGGAUUAGUUCAUGUACACAGAGUGGUUCAUAUCAAAAUCUUGUUGACCAAAAAAAAUGGGUGAAAAGUAUGCUAAAGAGAUUUAUUUGGAGGCUUCUAUGAUUAUGUGAUUAUGGUCAAUUAAUUUCUGGGGUUCACUUUGGCAAUUAAAACUCUAGGAGUUGCAAAAGCUUAUUCAAUUUUUUUUCUGAUGAGUCCUUCUGGCAUUAAACAAUUACCGGUUUACCGGUAGUUUUUGUUAAAUGUAUUUAAUUUUAUUCAUACAGCAACAUUAAUUGAUAUCAAUUCUGUUUACCAUAAUUCGCAAAACUUGGUCUUGUGGACCCGGCAUGCAUUUGUUUGAAUUUUUGGUGGUUUGUUUGGCCUGCUGUAAAAUACUAUAGAAACAUUUUGUAGGUCUUUUUCUUUGAAGAAGUAUAUCUUGCCUUUAUACUGUAAGUUAUCAUAUUACAAAUAAAAAUUUAUGUGUGAGGGGUUUAUUAACAACUUUGCCUUUAGACCCAAUAUUUAUAAAUUUGGGACUUGGCGUUAAAUUGAGAAAAUAUGGUAUACACAUCAUAAAUGUUACGUAAAAUCAUAACUUUUCUUAUUCCUCAGUCCACAUGAUUUAUUUUUUCAGCCAUUAUUGAAAUGGAAAUGCCAGUGCUUAACUGGCAUUUUUUUAUUUGCAAGUAAUUAAGAAUUUUCUGUUACUAAUUAAUAUCUUCCAGAUGAAAUACCUUCAGAAUGACUUAAUUACCCCAUUAGAGCGACUUGCUGAAUCAGAUGUGUUAUAUGUCAAGGUACAUAGUAGAAAAAAAUGUAUGUUUGUGAAAUGUGAAAGGCUAGUCAUUAUUUCAAAAUUAUGGCGACAAAGUUAUGCAUGGUAUGGUGAAAUAAGAAAACCACAUAAGCAAAGGUGGUUAUUUGCAGUGAUGGAAAUUUAUAAUAAAUUGUAAUAGCAUUUCUUUGGCCUUGUUUAUCAUGCAAUUCCAUGAUUCUUCUUUGGUGAUUUAGCAGUCACCACCAUUUUUGUGAAAACAACAUAUGUGCCUCUGUUGCAACCACAGCAAAAUUAGAAGUUGGUGCACCAGUGCCAAACUUUGUUUGGUACAGUACUGAUGCAUAAAAUUUAUUAAAUGCAUAAAGAGAGAGUGCCAAGCCCAAAAAUUGCAAGCAAUGGUGCUAAAAAUGAGUGGUACUAUGUUGACUUUUUUUGUACAUUUGAAUGGGGUUAAUAAAAGGAUGGGAAGGUGACAAUGACAAAUGAAAAUACAAUUUACUAGAUUAAUUUUGCUUUUUUCCCUUUAAUUCAAGUCUUUUCAGAAGAAUUAUGGUCAAGAGAACAAAACCAAAAUGGAGGUAAGGUUCUGGAAAGAGGGGGAGCUACCCAGGGCAUAUUUAGACUUGACCAUGUGGUAAGAUAAGAGUGAGAGUAAGUGUCUUUUCGUUGAGUGAGAAAUUGUUAGUGUGAGUUCAAAACAGGAUUAUAGACUAAAAAGAGAGGGAAAACACAACACACUGUGAUUUCAUUGAGGGCUGCCAGUUUACAAGUGUACACCACAUGAACCUUGUAAGAUUAGUAUGUUGCAUGCUUUGAACUAGUUUAUUGAUGUUGUAGUGUCAGACUUCAAUCCAUUGUUACAUGUGCAUUUUUACCUUUUUUUUUUUCCUGGUGAUAUACGGUUCUCAUUAUUCUAAUUUUCUUUUUUAUCUGCGGUAGUCAGUGGAUAAAGCUAAAGGUGAACUUUUGAAGGUUAGAAAAAAAAGUCAAAGAAAAAAGCCAACAGAAAAAUAUGAAGAUAAAGAGAAACAGGUAAAAUAAAGUAUUUUGAUGUUCACUGCUAAGAUUUUAUUCAAAAUACUCUUUUGACUUUUAUUUGUUAAUUAUUUGCGUUAUUGCAAAUUGUCACUGAAAAACCCUAUAAUUGGGAGAUGUCAAUAAAGUAUUUUAUUUUGAAGUGUAAUCAAAUGGUAAUCAUGCAUACCUGUAGGCUAGCUUCUGCAAGUAUUGUAAAACUAAUAAUCUGCUGUCAGUCAAGAAUAGAAUUAUCUGAAUUUUUAUUUGAAUUUGUUCAUGAUAUUUUUGUCUCAACUAAUUUCCAUUUUAUCUCACCACAGUCCAGGAAAAUAAUCACUGAAAUGUACAUGUUACUGGUCUUUUUUUUUUUCUUUCUUUGUUUGGUUUUAAAGUGUGAAGAACAGGUAGCAUCUUGUCAAAAAGAACUUCAUGAAUUUCGGCUUACAAGUUGCAGAAAGGUAUAUAAUUGUGUUGUUGCCUUAAUAUUACCUACAAUGUACGUACCUGUGGUAGCCAGUAUAUUUAGCUAAAACUCAAUUGGUAUAUACUCCAUUGAAAGUCCAGAAAUACAGAAUUUUCCUAAGGUGGUUCAGUCAUUUAGGUAACCAUGCAAGUUGAAAAUUUUUAUAAGUUGUUCAGCCAUUUGUGUGAGGCAUUUGGAUACUUUAUCUGUUCAUCUAAGACUAUUCAAUGGACCUAUUCAAAUGGGUGAGGUAUCCAACUGUAACUGGUAGCUGUAUGUUUCAUCAAUUUAACCGAAUAAAGUGGCAGUGUACAUUUUUACAUGAGAGGUCACAUAUACAUUGGCCAUUUUCAAUCCCACUUUUCCCAUUUUUUUGACCAGAAAAUCAAUUUCAGCAGAGAACUUUUAGUUGUGCAGCUGUCAGAUUGGUUUGACACACUUCAGUACUAUUGUUACUAUUGUUUUUUAUCAUCAGCAAGCAAGUCAAUUUUACAUGAAGUAGGAAAUAUUUAUAUACGUUACUCCACAUCAGCUUUAUUAUUAAAGGUUUAGGCAAGGUUUAGCAGGAGACAAUGCUGGCCAGCAGUCUCCAUCACUAAUUGUUUGUUGGGUUGUCUUUGGCUUUAGUAGUUUUACAGCGCUUUUGCUGAGGUCAAUCAUUUCACUCCCUAAAUGUUCCUUUCGUGAGCAGUGGAUUUAGUUGCUUUUGUUCCCAGCUCUCCCUUUCCUCUGGUUGUUUUGUGGUAAAUAUCUGCACAUUUCUCCACUGAGGUUUUCAGUGUGAUGGUGGCAGCUGGGUGCAGUUCACAAGGUUGUCACAUCUACCUUCCCACACCCAUUUAUUGUCAAAAGGGUUAAUAUUGAUUAAUUUUUUUACUCAGGCAAUGGUGGAAGAAAAGAAGAGAUAUUGUCUUGUGUUGGAUAGAACAAGUAUUGUUGCUAAGAGUACUAUGGAAUACUGUGAACAUGUAAGUAUUUCUUGUUUGAAGUGUGGAGGCAUGCAGUCAGUCUUGCCACACUCGAACGUUUUGAUAUUAAGCACUUGCAGUGUAUGUUCUUUACUGCCAGUUACAAUUUUUGUAGCCUCAGUGUGUCAACAAUGGUAGAAUAUGGAAUCAAUUGAACAUUUGUAAUGUUGUGAACUGGACUAUCUUCUGCUUAUGAUGAAAUAAGUAUUAAGAUUGAAUACAUUAGGAAAUUGAGUAAUUUUAAUUUCCAGUGGACAAAAAUCUUGUAACAGAAUAUUUUAAGCCAUAUCAUAUUCUUUUUUACACUUUUCAAAGACUUUAUAGAUGUAGUUAGCAGGUUUUUUAGUUCCGAUUUCAUAGGAAUUGAGAAAACACAGGUAAAAUUGUCAAUUUCCUAAUGUAUUUGGCCCUCUUAUUUUGUAAUUUAUAAUACUACAGUAAUUUAUUAUUAAAUUAAUGAAUAAUUUUUCAGAAUUCCCAGAUACUAAGGGAAAAAGUUCCCAUGUGGUUCUCUCAUGUUAAAAGGAAAGGUGACUCAGCUGAUUUCCAGGUAAACAUCUGCGUUGAGAUUCCAAACAAUUGCAUUGCAAUAUUGGAAUAUGAACAUACUGUAUGUAUAUGAAAUCAUUAUGCUCUGAAAGUCAAAAUAAUAAAGCCAAUACAGGAUCAGAAUGUCACGAAAGCCUGGUUUUCACUAGCACAUAAGCAUAAGAGUAGGGACAUACCUACAUGCCGAAUGGCAUAUUUGACUCAAUUCUUGAUACCAGCUCUCCUCAACCCAAUGGUAAACAAGAUGGUGGACGCUUCGUCCGCCAUAUUGCUUUUGAUAUGUUUGCAUGAGGUCUGGGUCAAAGUGGCCUAUGAUUGGCCCACGGCAAAGUGCUUAUGCUUGUGCUAAUAUGUUGACCCUGUUUUCACUGGUCAAAGCUAUGACAUCAGCAUAACCAUAAGCACAAGAAGAAUGAACUUGUACGUUUUUAUUGUGCUUAUGUUUAUGCGUAUGCACUAGUGAAAACCAGGCUUAAGAUUUCAAGUUGUAGGGUAAAUACAACAAGUGGGUGGGUAAUCAAACAGCUAGGGAUUUCUCUUGGUUCUAUUUUUCUUCUAUUUUCCUAUGAAAGUAGCCGGGGGCCACAUUCGUGGUAGCUUGGGGGAAAGCCCUGGCCUCUGACUCUUAUAAGGUGUCUUCUCUAUGAUGUGCUGCAAAGUGAAGCUUUGUCCUGUAUGACUGCUAGUUGAAUUACUGCUUUGAUUUCAUUUUUAGAUUAAUGGAUCUGUCAUGAGUGCAGAGAUGGAAAAUUUUGGGAGAAGUAACAAGUAUGUGUAGUCAAGUUCAAUUUUGCUUUAAAUCAGUCUAACUGGUGUUUGAGUAUAAAUGCAUUGUAAAAUCUUUAAUUUUUUCUAUUGGUUCUUAGGGUUUUGGCAAGACACAUGCACAAUAAAAUGAUAUAUUUUAACCUGGAGUUAUGUGUUAAAUUAUUUUUUUCAAAUUUUUAUGGCAGCAUCAUAUUUUCAAUUUUCUAAACGUGUAUUUACAGGGGAACCUCCAUAUGUGAUCACUUCUCAGAAGUGACCACCUCCCAUAAGAGACUACCCAGGGUUGUCACUAAGAUUGUGUAGUUCCAGAAAAUAUCCAGACCCCCACCACGGAGGGAAUUUCACUUAGGACCCCACCACCUCCCUGGAUUUUCCUUUUUUGCAAGGAACUGAUGACCCCCCACCCCUUCGGAAUUUCCACAAGUGUGACAAAGACCCCCCAACCCCUCUGGAAAAGUUCAUUUUCACAAAGAAAGACUAUUAAAGUAAAAGAAUGAGGCAUUUUAUGGUUGGUACCCAACGAUUUCCAUCAGAAGCUUGUAUGCUUCUGUUUCCAUUUAUUUGAGUGAUCUCGCAACAUUAAAACACACAACACCACCACAAGGUAACCUGAUCUGUAAUUUUUGCUCAUCUCUUACUUUAAGUGAAACAGAGAAAGUUAAUAAGUCCGUAGUCGGUUAUAUUUGUGAAUUUACCUUAAUCACGGCAAGCUUACGAUUUGAUAUUCGUCUCAUGGGCGUAAUGUUGAUAGAAUUAACGCCAUUUCGUUCGGGAAUGCAGAACAAGUCAAACUUACGACCACAAAAUUAAUGCAAAUCAAAGAGGAGAAUAAAAACUCUGAAUUCUGAAAUGAUAACAAUGAAUACCCCCUGCAUCUUGAAGGUACUUGAAGGGAAACCAAGUUCAAUUUACUGUUUUUCGAUCGACUGAUGCGACGUGAUGCGCGAUGGCCCUGAUAAAUGUUUGGUGAAAUCGACACCAUUUCAGCGAGAAUUCGAUCAUGAACAUGCCACACGUUCAACCACAAAAUUAUGGGAAAAUGAAAAGGAGAAUAAAGACUCUACAUUCUAAAAUGGUUACAAUGUAUAGCUUGUGCUUCGUGAGGCAAAAUUGCCACUCUUCUGAUCUAUCAAUCGACUGACGCAACGUGAUGUGUUGCGUGAUGUGUUGCACGCGUUGAUGUUUUGAGGAAGACUGGUAACGAGUAAUGGCGGCCGAAUAUACGAGCAUGCGAUAAAACGAGUUGUAGUCGGUCUAAUUCCGUUGAAAUUACAUCCAAAACGCUUUUGGAAGAAAGGAAACCUGGUUAAGAUCAAAAGGAACAAUCUUAAGUGAUGUAUUUCAAGUUAUUUACGUCCUAAAAAUGAUCUACCAGGUCGGUAAGAAGCAAUGUUCGAACUCAGGUCGAAUACGAUAUGAUAUUGCCCCGCUGGAAAGUGAUUUUAUGGUCCAACCCCCCUCCCUUCUGGAAUUUCCUGGGCCUCUGACCCCCCCACCCCCCUGGAAUUUCCAAUUCCCUCCGUGGAGGGGGUCUGGAUAUUUUCUGGAACUACACAUUUCAAGUUGCCGGGUAAAUACAACAAGUAGGUGGGGAAUCAAACGGCUAGGCAUUUCUUGUGGUUCUAUGUUUCUUCUAUUUUCCAAUAAAAGUAGCUGGGGGCCACUCUCUUAGUAGCCGGGGAAAAUCCCCGGCCCCCGGCUCUUAAUGACAACCCUGACUAACAAUCCCAAACGCCAAAAUUUUUCCAGUCAGAGUCAUAGAACUUCAAACAAUUUACAAAGUAUUUUAGGUGACAACAUGCAACUACACAUAUACCAAAGUCUUAAUUGCAUGCAAUAAAUUCUCUGCCAGAAAGUAGACUGCGUUAGGACCUCAGCUCCUCUUGGCAGGACCCCCUGUGGUUUGAUUCUCACAAAUGGCAACCUUCCAUAAGCAACCACUAAAUCUUUGCAUUUGUGUUGUAGCUUAUGUGUUGUUCAACUGUAUUAAAUUUACAGGGUAGAACUGAGAGCAAAGUUUGCCCACACUGCUGUAGAACCAUCACAAGUUAGUUUUAAAGAGGUAAGUAAACUGUUGCAACAGCUGUGUGUUGACAGUUAGGUGGUAGUGUCUGUGAUUAGUAAAAAUACUGGCAAAAAUAUGAUGUAGUAGCUUUUUUACUUUAAAAAAAGGCCAAGGUAAAGGCUUUGUUUAUAACUAGAAGUGUAUUGUAUUGUUUCAUCAGCAAGUUCACAACACACCACUUAAGUAAUGAAAAAUAAUAAUCAAAAUGAAAUGUAACAAGGUUUAAAAGCCUAACUGGUGUGGCCAAAGAUUGAAACAAAUAAAUCCAGCUUAAGGCUAGAGUGGGACUUGAACGUGGGAUGGGACUCCAGAUUGCACAAUGUGCCCAUCAUACCACCCUGUAAAGAAUCUACUGACAAUGUUCAGCAUAAUUCUUUAUCAUUGAAAUUAGAUGUGAAGAUACUAUUUUUAUACUGAAAUAUUACAGUGAUGCACACACGUGCAUGAGUGCUGAUGACCCUGUUUGAAAGUACAGGUGAACCUCUGCUAACAGACAACUUUGAUAAGUAGACACUUAUUCAUGGUCCCAGUGACUUAAACACUGAAUUUUUAACCAAGUCAAGUCCAGUGUCAGAGAGUGACAUAAAAACACUGCCUUUCAAACAACCUCAAGUCCACAGAGCUUCAGCAUAUAAAAGGUUCUACUAUAUCUGAUAAUAUAAUUAUUAUAAUUAUACUGUAUAUCUUAUCACACAGGGUGAUCUGAUACAUCCCAUCAGUGAAGUUGUGUCGGGUUGGCAGUAUGGAGAGAACUUGAAAACUAGCAAGUACAUAAUGAUUUCAGUGUUUUGCUAGCCCUUAAACUGUACUCCGACAACACCCUCACUGACUCAGAUGUGAUUUAGGAUAAGAUGUAUACUAAUAGUCAUGCUAUUAAACCGGCUCUGGAACAACACAAUCACUAUCAAUAUAAUCUGAUGUACUGUUCAUUCAAGGAAGAAAUUCAAAAGAGUUAGUUUAUGUACUUAUAGCACUGGCCAUGGGAGACAAAGAGAAUGAUAUCAAAAUAACCACUUAAAACUGUAGAACACCAAAGAAAUACCAACACUAAGCAGAAAUGGAGCGUGGAGGAGCAAAAUCACGGUACUACUCAGCCCCCGGAGACCCCAGAGCCCCCCUUCCCCCAACCCCGCCCCCUCUUUCUCUCUCUCUCCCGCUUCGGUGGGAACGAGGUUUUGUGAAAGAUUAAUUUUUAAUUGCUGAGGAAUCUUAUUAUCUUAUGAUCAUUUCUACUAUCGUCAUUUUGUUUAUCAGAUCUGGUUGGUUUCCUGCUGCUUACACUGAACAGGUCAUUGCUGUUUCAACUGGGUGAGUUUUCAGCACCAUGCACGUAGAUUCUGAAAAGGCUUAGUUUAAUCGUUGGCUCCAAACGGCUUGCAUUUAUUCAUGAAUUUGUCGAUAGACCCCUCCCUGUAUAUUCGAGUGAACAAAGGCACCAAAAAUAAAUACUUUCGUUGAGAAAAUUCAGUGAUUUGUAUUGGAGAGUGUCCACCUCGUUUAGGUAUGUGUGCUGUAACUGGACUGGUAUUUGGAAAAAGGCUAUUCAAUCAAAUUACAUUACAUUUGUUUCGUUAUAAUGUUAGCGCUUUAUUUUUGAAGAUUUAGGGCCUUGAAUUUAGGCCGGCAAUAGUCACUGUGAAGCGUUUUGGCACAGUUAUGGCAAUGGAGACAAUAACUUCAACUGAGAGGCAGCGUCCUUGAAAAAGAGAAUGGCAAAAGUUUUCUUCAGUUGCCCUAAAUUUUAUACAUACCUGAUAUUUUGACAAUAAAAUUUGAACUUUUGCAGUUGAAAAGUAUUUUUUGCGUCUCCUUUCCCACAGUCCUAGAGUAAGUCACACUCUUCCACCUGGCGGAGUUCACCCUCGCCCUCCACUAGAGACCAGCAUUAGCCAUAAAUCACUGAAGCGUUAUUCCAGUACGGGACCUGAUACUCUGCACCUACCUCCACCAGACUACGCUGAUGUGGAUAACAAAGCUGAAAAUGAACAGACAUCGUCUUCAGAUACUCCAGAGAUAUCAGGUCAGUAACUCCAAGGUGCAGUGGCGUCCUCACGUGCUGCUUUAGGUCCAUGUGCUUUACCCAUACACAAAGCGCCCCUGUAAAGUUAUCAUCAGGAAGCACUUGCAAUCCCGUUUCGAUGCCUAAAUACAGUUUUAACUAACAAAACAAGAACAUUAUUUUUGGAAUUCAAUUGAUGGAAAGUCAUGUCUUAGCCUUUAAAGGAGAGGAAACACCGUAGCAUAGCCCAUUUAUCAAGAAACCUCCUUAGAGUUGAGGAUUAGUUAAGGUAAUCGUCGGCCUACAUGUUUGUAGGUUUCAACUACGCAGUCUUCUUUCCUUUCCAUGAUUUUUAUCACCUCAUACAUCUUGAUAGCAGCUCCCCUACUGAACACAACUGCUCAGUACAUCAGCAAUGCAGCUCAGAAAAAAACAAAGAGAAAGACACUUCACACUCUUACUGAAUUGCUGAUACGAUGUUAUGUCAACGUAGUUAAUGGAAUGAAGUUGUUGGGAACUGGACCCAUCGCCUUUAUACGACACUUUAAAAUGGUCACGUGUUGGGAGGACACAUGAACGAUGAGUUAGAUCAAACCAAAGAGACGAAUUUUAAAAAAACCGUUGAAAAACUUUGCAGCGCAUACUCUUGCAUUGAGUCUGUAGUUUUUAUCAGUACUGCUUUUAUUCAUAUUCUUCGGAAUGUUCAGGCGGAAAAAAGGAAAAAAUGUAGAAAUGUACUGCAGAAAUCUAAAUAGCGGAAUUGCUUCAGCACGUAGGUAUGGUAGUAUAAUGAUUCUUUCUUCAUUCCUGUUUUGUUACUUAUCCACUUAACUGAUUUGCCUUUCAUAGAUAACCAGCCGAGUACACUAACAGUAACGAUCUCGCCUACAGGUUUGAAUGGAAACAAAACAUCGCCAGUUCCACCGCCGCCCCCUCCCCCACCCCCUCCUGCCGUCACGCUCCCAGAAGAGAACGAAGACGGGGACAAAAGGUGAGCUACAGUCGGCUGUGUCUGUUAUGAAAACGGCUUUUUUUUUUCAUUGAAAUUUCAAUUUGGCAGUUUGAAACCUAAAAAGCAAUGGUAGUUACUUGCUUUUCGUAGUUAAGCACAAUGGUGCAGAAAAAAAAUGCAUCGUCCAUGACAAGUAGUGUUUGGACAUUUGCUUAGCCAGCAAGUUGUUUUAGACAGUGCUGAAAAGCGUGCAAAAUUCUGGUGCCAAAUUUCGGCAUGUUUUCAGAAGAUCAAUGAAGUAAAAAGCGAAGUCAUGCAGGCGUUCAGUGAAGCGCUUAUUCGAAAGAAUAGAAAGAGCUCGUCUGAUUUGCUUGUACAGACAGGCCAUGAAAUGCAAAUGACAAAAGAAUAACUUCCAAACAAAACCUGUUAACUAUUAAAAACGUCGAAAUAGUAGUCUUUGUACAACUAUGGUACUAAAUAUGGUGCAACUUACAACUGCUAUUUCGACACAAAACUAACGUUAAAUCGAAUGAGUUUUAUUUGUUACAGAACGACUUGGCUCCAGUUUGUGUACGAGUACAAGUUUUUAAUUCAGUGUAUCUAGUUAAUUGAAGUAUAAUAUAUAACAGUAAUGUCUGUCCUAGUUGACAGUUUGUUUCAUUUCCAUUUUCUGUUUUAAUCCUGAUAGCAGUAUGGAUCCAAAUGACGCUGUGACGAAUAGUUCAUCUGAUGUGAGCCACUUUUAAUCAAGCUGCAAAGGACUACCGUGUCACGUGCACGACAGAAAUCUAAAAAUUUUAAUGUGACUAGGAAGGAUUAGCAAAGAAAAACUAGUAUAGAUCUUAGUACAUGUAGCGCUAAUGAAUAUUGUAUUGAAAAAAAAUUGAUGAUUUCAAAAGUACUAGUUUAUAUGUACAAACCAUGUGAUUUCAUAUUUAAUUAUGCAGAUUAAAUUAUUGAUCCAUGUACAUAUACCAACAAUAUACCAAGCGAAUCUGGCUGGAAUUAUUUUAUGAAGAAGCCAAUAAUAUAUUGAAGAGGAAGUAUUUUUGUGAACUGUAAAUGUAAAGACGCUUACGAAUGAGGAUGCUUCAGUUGAUGUUGUGCUACUCAUGAGACUUUCUUAUGAUAAACACAACUUUUGAAUAAAACAAUUAUGAUUUGAAUUUGGUUUUAUCCGGUUUAAUAAUAAUUGUCUUAAGUUUAUUUCUUUUUUUGUAUUAAAAAGAUGUAAAAUAUUCUCGUUCAUUGCUAUAGUUUUGCGCUUUCAACUGAUUGACUUAUGGCUGCUAAGUCUCUUGGUAGAAAGAAGAAUGUAUUUUGCACUGUUUAUGAAAAGUGAAUUGUUUUCAAGGCCGUGAAAUAUAUUGGGAGUGAUUUGUACAAUUAUAAUUAAAACU